CAAACGCCUCGAAUCCGUCACAACGAGGAAGAGGAUAAAUCCACAUCCAUUUGUGACUAAUAAAAACGUCUUCCUUAUAAUUACUCUACAUCUUUUUUUUAACCACCGCAUGCCUCCGUGGAAACUCGAGCAGGUAACAAGAUGAAUCAGGAAAAAUUGGCCAAACUUCAGGCCCAAGUGCGGAUAGGAGGAAAGGGUUCGGCACGCAGGAAGAAGAAGGUGGUACACAGAACUGCCACAGCAGAUGACAAAAAGCUUCAGAGUUCCCUGAAGAAAUUGGCUGUCAACAACAUUGCUGGUAUUGAGGAGGUCAACAUGAUCAAGGACGACGGUACGGUGAUCCAUUUCAACAACCCCAAAGUGCAGGCCUCGCUGUCGGCCAACACGUUCGCCGUCACGGGCCACGCCGAGACCAAGCAGCUGACCGAGAUGCUGCCGGGCAUCCUCAGCCAGCUGGGGGCCGAUAGUCUGAGCAGCCUGCGAAAGCUGGCAGAGCAGUUUCCACGCCAAGCACUUGACAGCAAAUCUCCAAAAGUUGAAGACAUUGAGGAAGAGGAUGAGGAUGAUGAUGUUCCAGAAUUGGUGGAGAACUUUGACGAAGCCUCCAAGAAUGAAGCCAUUUGAAGACUGAGCCAAAACCCAUAAACACUCGGCAAUGUUUUCACUUCUAAUCAUCAUAUCAGAAUGGGCGCGCACACACACACACACAUUAAUGCAGCAGAGACUCUUUCUUUUAUCACAUGUCCAAGCCCGGCUGAGUGGCUUUUAAAACAAAAUAUGAGCUUCUGUUUUUGCCACGUUGUUCUAAAUGUCUUAACUUGUUGGUUUGUUUGUUUAUGAAAUAAAAUAAAAGAGGAUUAACAUUUUUAGA